UUAUUGCGACGAAUUUGCUACAUAUUUUUUAGAUUUGUGCAUUUUAUGUAUUUAAACAACCAAUAAGUGAAAUAAAUCAAUGUGUACUGUCUUCCGGUGAUGGACUAAAAUUUUACGAAAAAGAACACAACAUAUAUAUAUGUUAAUAUAUUUGUGUUGUGCGUUUAUCAGCAACGUACAUAGAUGGGCGUGUGAUCAGCCAACCUGCCUUCGUUUUGUGCUUAAGUGCUUAUGUACGUAACCUAUGUCAUUCUAAUUGGUUUACCGUACCCAAAAAUACCAACAAACUAAUAACGUUGCUAAUACUAUUACUAUUGCUAUGUGCAUUAAGAAUUAGCAUCCAAAUAUAUUUGGUAAAGGUAAUUCGGAAAAAAUAAAAAUUACCAACGGAUUACGACAACAACAGCGAAAUAGACAACAACCACCAUAUUCCUGAUUGCUUACGAUAUAAAUUUCCGCUUACGCCGGUGAAAAAAUAAUCAAUGAGGUAAAUUGGAUAAUAAAAGCUUACAAACAGUGCAUAUCAUUGUUAAAACGUAAGCGCCACAACGACCACUACCAUUUCCAUUUCCAUUUCCCUUUCAAUUGGGUAUCAUGAAUAAAUAACUCCAUGCAAAAAUCAAUAUGAAAUGCGAAACGUGUGUGUGCAAGUAUAAGUAAAUAAAGCAAUAAAAAUAAAAGUCAAACUGACACUGAAAUGUCACAAGUUCAAGCCGUUUUAACAAUCCCUCAACGCUGCUUUGAUUGAAGACGAUUAAGUAACAAAGUGCGAUACCCCAUCCCAAAGCAAAAAAAACUAAAAAAAAAACAACGAAUAAUAAAGAAAUCGAAAUCUACAAAUAAGUUCACCGCUCAUAUAAAAAGUGCUCUGUGUUGUUGCAAAUUGACAAUCCAAUACCAACAAAAUAUAGUGCAUAUAGCAAAUACAAAUAAUGUAAGCCCUUGCGAUUAUCUGUGUGAUAAAUAGUUUACCAAAGAAGUGCAGAAGUAAUCAUACAAUUCGUCUUGGCUGGCAAUCAGUGAAGUGUUCAUAUAAGCCGGUCAAGUAGCAGUGCCCUUGAGGUGCACAUAAAGCUAUAUAAAGCAACAACGAGUUUGCCUUAAAGUCAUCAAUCAAUUUCUGCUAAAAGUAAUUCUUCGUUUAACCAGUACUAGAAAAUGCGUUAUCGCAAAUAUAGAAAAUAUAGUUGGAACUCAGAUGAUCCUAUCGUACCGCUGACAAGAAUGGAAGUUCAGACGGUGAAUAAUCACCUAAAUAAUUCCCUCAUAUCACCGCCAGCCUUGUCACAAUCACAACAAGCGCAAUUGAAUAACAGUAUCAUCACACUUAGUCGCAGUAACAGUCCGGCCAGUUCGAAUUCAGAAAUCGAAAAAGAGCUGCAAGAUUUGGACUUAAAUAGUUCACUGAAUAGUGGCAGCGUCAGUUUGGGUGCCGAUCUUAAUUGUAAAUCAAAUGGUUCGUUAAGCGGUGCCUCCACUACCAGCUCGACAACGGGCCUUACAACGUCAGUGACCACCGCAGCAGCUGCAGCCGGUAUAAAAACCACUUCGUCUACUGAAGCCUUAAUCAAUGGCAAUGGUGCUGACGCUACAAAUUCAACAAUUAAUACUUUAGCAGUGUCACAGGUGAAGAAGCGUAUUUCUAGCAGCCGAACACCAACACGCAAAGCGAGACGAAUAAAAUUCUAUCGCAAUGGCGAUCGCUUCUAUCCGGGUAUAACCAUUCCAGUCUCAAAUGAGCGUUAUAGAUCAUUUGAGAGCCUUUUUGAAGACUUAACACGUUUAUUAGAGGAUAACGUAAAAAUUCCAGGGGCUGUGCGCACCAUUUAUACCAUGUGUGGCAAAAAGAUCUCCACUUUGGACGAACUCGAAGAUGGCCAAAGUUAUAUUUGUUCCUGUAAUAAUGAGAAUUUCAAGAAAAUCGAAUACAACACCUCCUCACAACCGCUGGCCAAUUUAACACUCUCCAAUAAGACAAAUAAUCGUUUGUCCAAAGCUUAUCGUCCAUCUUCACCACUUAAGAAUGGUACGGCCACUUACAAUAGCGGUGGUGGUGGCGUAGCUGGGGGUGGUGUAACCGGUAAUGGCACAAAUGCCACAGCUGGUGCUACUAAUGGUAGUCCAGUGCUCAAACUGAGCGAGCGCGACCGUGUGGUACAUCCCCGCAUUGUGACACUGAUAAGAAAUGGCACUAAGCCACGAACUAUUAUGCGUCUACUGUUAAAUAAACGCAACAGUCCGAGCUUUGAUCAUGUAUUAACCGCCAUCACGCAAGUGGUACGCCUUGAUACAGGUUAUGUACGCAAAGUGUUUACGCUCUCUGGCAGUCCGGUUGUACAGUUGGCCGAUUUCUUUGGUCCCGAUGACAUUUUCUUUGCCUAUGGUACAGAACGUGUUAAUAAUCCCGAUGAUUUCAAACUCGAACCAGACGAACACAAAGCCAUACAGGCCAUACGAAAGUCACUGCGUACAGCAGGUACGACAUACAAGGGCCCCAAACCGAAAAUGCCAGUAAAAAGUAAAAAUCUGAAUAGCGCCAAACAUCAGCAAAAUCAUCAACAAGAACCGUGUGAUCAAAUUGUUGACGAAGAUUUGGCCGCGUUAAAUGAGAGUGGCAUCGAUGCCAGCGAACUGCCGGGUGUCAUACGUGAACGUUACGCAUUGGGACAGAUUAUCGGCGAUGGCAAUUUCGCUGUUGUAUUAAAGAUCAAAGAUCGCCAAAGCGGUUUGCCAUAUGCGUUGAAAAUCAUCGAUAAAAGCAAAUGCAAAGGCAAGGAACAUUACAUCGAUGCUGAGGUGCGUGUAAUGAAGAAAUUACAACAUCCACAUAUUAUCUCAUUAAUCAUGGAUGUCGAUCAGCAAGCGAAUAUGUACUUGGUGUUGGAGUAUGUAAGCGGUGGUGAUCUUUUCGAUGCUAUAACACGUGUAACACGCUUCUCCGAGAAUCAAUCACGUGUCAUGAUUAAGCAUUUGGCCUCAGCCAUGGCCUAUUUACAUUCCAUGAGCAUUGUGCAUCGUGACAUUAAGCCCGAGAAUCUAUUGGUUGAGCUGGAUGCCAAUGGCUAUGUAACCGAACUGAAAUUGGCUGAUUUUGGUUUAGCAUGCGAGGUGACUGAACCAUUGUUUGCUGUUUGUGGCACGCCAACUUAUGUUGCACCAGAGAUACUAAUGGAAACCGGUUACGGUCUAAAGAUCGAUGUUUGGGCUGCUGGCAUAAUACUAUACAUCUUGCUUUGCGGUUUUCCACCAUUCGUUUCGCCCGAUAAUCAACAGGAACCGCUAUUCGAUGCCAUUAUAUCCGGUGUAUAUGAAUUCCCUGAACCUUACUGGUCGGACAUUGGUGAUGGUGUACGCGAUCUAAUUGCUAACAUGCUGCAAUCGGAUCCCGAAGUACGUUUUACCAGCGAGGAUAUAUUGGAUCACUAUUGGACACUGGGUGAAUGCAAUGAGUAUAGCAGUUGAAUUUACUGCCACAAUGCGGCGGAACAACGGGUGGGAAAACGUUGCAGACAACAAAAACAAACAUGUUAUGAUCACAUUUUAGGUCUAUAGCUAGUUUAGGAAGCUGCUUGUUUGUCGACGUAAACAUUAUAUAUAUAUAUACAUACAUAUAGGUUUAGUUGCUGGGGCGUAGUUUUAAUAUUAUGUAUUUAAUUGCUUAUUAAAAAUUAUAAUUAACGAAAAUUUAUUUAUAUGCGACAAAAAAAUUGCAAAUGCAACAAUGCAAAGCUGAUACAUUGUUAACAACUAAAACAAAGCAAAGAGGAAAAGAGUAAAACAAACGAAAUUAUUGAAGAGUUUCAUAGGCGCUAAAAUUUGUGGUGGCGUAUCUUUAAAAAGCAACGCCACAUUUUGAUUAACAGCGACUUAACUAAAUACAUGCAUUAUACAUACAUACAUAAAUCACGAACUUACAUGCAUAUAUACACACAAUGCUUAAGUAUUUUAUUAAACUGUAGUAUUCAUAAUUUUUGCUACAAAUUAAGGCAAACUUAAUGCACAUUUACGUAAGUUGUGGCAAAAUUGUUUAAAACGAGAAAUACGUGAAAAAGACGCGCUAUUAUGUUAUGAAAACCCAGUUGCCGGCGAAUUAGAGAGUCACUGUAGCAGCAAAAUUGUACGAAUUCAAAAAAAGUAACAAAGCGAAAAGCUAACGCUAACGAAAAAGAAAAAAACACCAACAUAUUUGUGUAUAUUUUUUAUAUAAAUAUUUUGUACGUAAAUUUUAAUUGGUUUUUAUUGUAAGCUACAUCCAACAUUUACUAACUGUCCCAGGCUGAUAUUUUUAUACAGAUCUAACUAUUUUAUUCACUUUGUGUAUUAUUUUCUAUUCAAAUGUUUACUGUUAGUGCUACUGCGAUAAGGGUUAGUUGUAUAAUACUUUUUACGUUUUGUGUUGUUAUAUAUAUUUUAAUUUUCAUUUUAAAUGCGAAAAAAAUAUGUCCCUUAAAAUGCUAUUUAACUACUGAUUAGAGUUUUGUAUGCAUACAUACUUAUUAUAUUAAAUAUGAAUUAUUAAAUAAUAAUUUAAAACAUAAGAAUUGUAUUAUUUUAUCUAUUUUAAAGUAUUUGUUUUUUUUUUUGCAACUUUGCAACUUACGAAACUGCUGUGUUUUGAGUUUUGGUUACUGAAUUUUUUUUUUGCGAAUUAUACGCUAAGUGUAUAAAUUAGUAAUUUUUAAAGAAAGAAGUAAUAAAAAACACUUAUACGUUUAUUAAGCAUAAAAAUAUUUAUAAAAUGUUUAUACAACUUUGAAUUGGAAUUCGAAGUUUUCAAUAGUUCAACGGUAUUUGUGCUUUGUAUGUUUACUAUUUUCUGCGCGUAAACUAAAACGUUAAAAAGUAAAUAUUGUCAUUCCUUUUUUUACAAAUAACUGCCCUUAACGAAUACAUGUGUGUAAAGUGGUAAUAGUUGUUAGGAUCGGACAACGAGUUUCAAAAAAUGAUGAGCUUAAUAACUUCUCUGCUAGAGUUAGAAGAAGAACAGAUUGAAAUAAGAACACUUCAAUCUCAUACAACAUUUUGUUAA